AUGGACCAGAGGAACCGGCUCGGCGCUCCCGGAUACCUGCCGCCGCUGCUGCUGCGCGCCCUGCUGCUCUUCGUGGCCGAGGCGACAUUCACCGAAGUCCCCAAAGAUGUGACCGUACGUGAGGGAGACGACAUCGAAAUGCCCUGCGCCUUCCGGGCCAGCGGAGCCACCUCGUACUCACUGGAGAUUCAGUGGUGGUACCUCAAGGAGCCGCCCCGAGAGCUGCUGCACGAGCUAGCGCUCAGCGUGCCCGGCGCCCGGAGCAAGGUAACAAAUAAGGAUGCGACUAAAAUCAGCACCGUGCGCGUGCAGGGCAACGACAUCUCGCACCGGCUGCGGCUGUCAGCCGUGCGGCGGCAGGACGAGGGCGUGUACGAGUGCCGCGUGUCGGACUACAGCGACGACGACACGCAGGAGCACACGGCCCAGGCGCUACUGCGCGUGCUCACGCGCUUCUCGCCGCCCGACGUGCAGGCCGCGGAGGCCGUGUCCCACAUUCAGAGCGGCGGCCCGCGCCGCCACGGCCCCGCCAGCGCCGCCCGGGCCGACGGCGCCCAGGAGCCCGGCCGCGGCGACAAGAGCCCGCCUCCCGGGGGCCCUCCCGCCGCCGCCGCCGCCGCGCCGGGCGUCCCCGAGGCCGCCGCCUCCGCGGCGCACAGAGCGGCGACCACCGUGGCGGCCGCCGCCUCGUCCGCGCCGCCGCCGCCCCGCCAGGCGGCCCUUCUGCGCCAGCGGCACUCAGGCACCGGCCCGAACUAUGCCACAGACCCGCUCCUGUCUCUGUUCCUGUUGGCCCUACAUGAGUUCCUGCACCUGUUGGUGGGGCCCUGA